AGGCUACUCACAUGAACAAAAAAACUCUUGGGUCAAAAAACUCUUUAAACUGUGCACUCUGAUCUGAUAAACCAGUGCUGACCGACUAAUAGACAGUUCUCAUGGAUGACGAGGUUGAGACAUAUAAUCUGUGGAGAAUAAGGAAGACCAUCAUGCAGAUGUGUCAUGAUAGAGGUUAUUUGGUAACUCAGGAUGAGCUGGAUCAAACUUUAGACGAAUUCAAGCGGGUGUUUGGAGAUCGACCCAGUGAAGGAAAGCCAUCUCGUGCCGAGCUUUCUAUUCUUGUUGCUCACCAUGAUGAUCCAACAGAUCAGAUGUUUGUGUUUUUUCCUGAAGAGGCCAAAGUUGGAAUCAAGACCAUCAAACAGUACUGUCAACGAAUGCAGGAAGAAAAAAUUUCCAGAGCAAUUAUUGUGGUUCAAACUGGAAUGACGCCAUCUGCCAAACAGUCACUAGUGGACAUGGCUCCCAAAUAUACCCUAGAAACUUUCCGAGAAGCUGAGCUGAUGAUUAAUGUCAUAGCACACGAGUUGGUACCAGAGCAUGUUGUCAUGACACCUGAUGAGAAAAAGGAGUUGCUUGCUCGCUACAAGUUGAAGGAGCACCAACUACCCAGGAUCCAACAGAGUGAUCCCAUAGCUCGAUAUUAUGGCUUGAAGAGAGGCCAGGUUGUGCGGAUCACCAGGCCCAGUGAAACAGCUGGGAGAUACGUCACAUACAGACUAGUCCAGUAAGAUUGCUCACUUUUGUAUGCUGUUCCUUUUCUGUUAAUUGUUACUCUGCUUUGUCUUCCAAAGUUGUUUGUAAUAUUUAUGCUAACAAUGAAAAUUAUUCUGAGCUUCAAAUAGCACAUGUAUUUUAAUUAUAUGUAAACAGAAGACUGAGGGAUAUCAUGUAUACACUAAUGUACUGCAGUUACAUGCAUUGUUCAUUCAGAAUGUCUGGUUUAGCUGCUGUCCACAGAACCACUUGGGGAUUGGAUUACCAGCUGCAUACGUAGUUUUCGUGAGGCUGCAUAUCGGUGAAACCCUUUGAUGAAGAGGUACAAUCCUGUGUAAGCAAAAUGGGAGUUAGCAGUGCAAUAGUAUUUAUGGGUAUAUGCUAGACCCACCAAAUAUUCCCAUGAACCAGAAAAGCAGACGAGUUAGGUAGAACAGUCUCUUCAUACACUGCUCCUUGGUGUGGUCUGUUGUGCCAUAGUACAUCUCACAGCUUCCAUUAUAGAAAUUCACAGUGUCAUAGGUCUGAAAGUGAAUAGCAUAAACACUCUAUACACAACUUCCCAUAAUCACCUCAAACGCAAAGAGCUUGAAGAUGAGAGCCAGUCCGAGACCUGUCAGAGCCCCGGACUCAGCAGCAAUGGUAAAUGCGAAACAGAUGGAAAAGAUGAAACCAACCAGUCCAAAGAAACAGCACACUACAAUAUGAAACACACAGGUAUGUGUAGUAUAGCUCUUGGUGUACUAUAAUACUAUACUAAGGGGUAUAUCCUUCUAAAUACAUACACAGCAUACAUGUACUAAGGUAACUCACAUAAGAAAAACAUUGUGAAGUCUAGGCAUGUUCCUGGAGGUUUGGACAUAACAGACAGACUCUGUGUAGGUUCUGGUUCUUCAUCCUCCUCCAUUUCCAGCACUCCAUCUUGCUCGUACUUCUGAGACUGGUCAUAUGAUGGAAGAGGAAUCACUUUGUCUGCUUCAUACACUGAAGUAUGUGUGUGUGUACGGUGUUUUACAUGUGAAACUUCUUGUGGUACAUGUAUAUUAAAAUAUAUAGGCAAGGUGUGUGACAUGAUAUAAUACAUGUGUAUACCAGGUUUAAUAGUACCUUCUGCCUUUGUCUUUGUCUCUUCUGGCAGACUGGCCAUGGGUUGAUAUGAAGGAGGAGGAAAUAGAGCCAUUUCAUUGACAUUUUCCUAAGAAAAAGGUUAACAAAAUAAAUAGAUUUGGUGUUUUUUAGCUUGAAUUAAAACAAAACUUACCAACAGGGGCACUUGCUCUGUCUCAGCCAUACUGCUCAUGAAUGUUACCUACUCUCUUAUAUUAAUACAGUCCAGGUACGUGGUAAUAACAAAAGAAGGCUUGUAUUCUUGCUUGUACGAUACAAGUGAGUAAAAA